AAAGAAAAUGUCUAUCUUCUGAUUAAUUUUUUCUGGUUCAAAGGGACUUUAGACACUGAUAAGUGUUUGACUUUGAGCGCUGGAUUUAUUGUCGGCUGUCACAGGUUUAUUCGUCACCAGACUGUCUGCUUCAUUUACCCAGCAUGCCUCGCUUGUUGCCGUCUGGAAAGGAGUGACUGUGUAGAAAAGAACCAGCUAGCUCCAUUUGACAUCUGUGUAGCUGUUUUUACUAUGUGUUUAUUGUGGAUGAAGUAAGAGGAGGGGAAAAAAACAUUAUUUAAAGGAAGGUGAAAUAUCUUGUUGUCAAUACCCUAGCGAUGCCUCUCUUCACGACCAACCCCUUUGACCAAGAUGUUGAGAAAGCAACCAGUGAGAUGAACACAGCUGAGGACUGGGGCCUCAUUCUGGACAUAUGUGAUAAGAUAGGGCAGUCCCGCACUGGGCCAAAAGAAUGUCUCCGCUCUAUAAUGAGAAGAGUGAACCACAAGGAUCCCCACGUAGCCAUGCAGGCAUUGACUCUCCUCGGCGCUUGUGUUUCAAAUUGUGGUAAAAUCUUCCACUUGGAGGUUUGUUCGAGAGAGUUCGCCAGUGAAGUCAGUAACGUCUUAAAUAAGGGUCACCCAAAAGUGUGUGAAAAGCUGAAGGCGUUGAUGGUGGAGUGGGCAGAGGACUUCCGCAAUGAUCCGCAGCUCAGCCUGAUCUCGGCGAUGAUCAAGAAUCUACGCGAGCAAGGGGUCACCUUCCCAGCUGUUGGGUCUCAGGCUGCAGAGCAAGCAAAAGCAAGCCCAGCAUUGGUGGCAAAGGAUCCCUCCACCACCACAAACAAAAAGGAGGAAGAAGAUCUGGCCAAAGCUAUUGAGCUGUCACUAAAGGAGCAGCGGCAGCAACCGCAGACGUCCCUGUCGAGCCUUUACCCGAGCACUUCCAGCCUUCUCUCUACACACAAGUCCGACGGCAGAAAAGUCCGCGCCAUCUACGACUUCGAGGCUGCGGAGGACAAUGAGCUCACUUUUAAGUCCGGAGAAAUCAUUACCAUCCUGGACGACAGUGACCCCAACUGGUGGAAAGGGGAAACAUACCAGGGAGUCGGCUUGUUCCCUUCUAACUUUGUCACCGCUGAUCUCACUGCAGAACCUGAGAUGAUGAAGACAGAGAAGAAGACUGUUCAGUUCAGCGAGGACAUCCAGGUGGAGACAAUAGAGCCUGAACAGGAGCCUGUAUAUAUAGACGAGGACAAAAUGGAUCAACUGCUCCAGAUGAUUCAAAGUGCAGAUCCGACAGACAACCAGUCAGACAGUGUAGAGUUACUCCAGCUAGAAGGUGCAUGUAAUCAAAUGGGACCGCUGAUUGACCAGAAGUUGGAGGACAUAGACAGGAAGCACUCGGAGCUGUCAGAGCUAAACGUAAAGGUCAUGGAAGCUUUGUCUCUGUAUGCAAAGCUGAUGAAUGAAGAUCCAGUGUAUGCCAUGUAUGCUAAGCUGCAGAGCCAGCAGUACUACAUGCAGCAGCCUGCUAGCGCGGCACAGCAGGUCUACCCUGGUCAGCCUGCGUCAGGCUCAUAUGCCAUGAGCGGCACCGUGGUGCCAGGCUAUACGGUUCCUGUGGAGCAGCUUCCUGCUGGUGCUCCCAUUCAGGGUCAGGCAGCUCCCAGUGAUGUCCACAUGUACAUGGGCCAGCCACCAGUCUACGCUGCAGCGCCUGGAGCUAUGGCUCCAGCAGACAUUCAGUCCUACCAAAACACAGCCAGUGCUGUGGCCCCCGCACCAUGCACUGCUCCUGCGAACUACAGUGCCCCCUCUGGCACAAGCUUAGCACCUCCCUCAGACGUCCCACAGGCCCCUUACUCAGAGAAAGCCUUGCUAUAGGCCCCGCUCCUUCUCCUCCUUACAGAUGGGAUAAACACAUUGUCACCCCACGGUAAGAAGUAGUUCAUUGUUGUUCGUGUUAAGGAGGAGCAGCAGGUUUGAUCAUUUGAAUCGGAUCAGGCAAACACUGGCGUUUGGUGCACCUUGUGUUUUAUUUGGCAAAUAUACAUGUGAUAAUACAGUUACUUCUUUCUGCUGGUCAUGAGGUAUUCAAAAGGUUUUGAUUUGAGCUGUCAAAUAUGUAAGCUUGAAGGUAUGCAUUGUUUUUUUUUUUUUGUAUCAUUUUUGCACAUUUUUACCUCCUCAGCUGCUGUUAGAUGGACUGGUUUAUGUUUUGUUCAUGGUGUAAUUCUAAGCACCUAAUCUAAAUCCGGCCAGAAUGAAAUCUACUUUUUAUGCACAAUACCUGACAAUAAAUAAUUAAGCAAGGCUCGAUUUAAAGAUUUAUGUUUGUUUUUCAAAAACUAUAGAGCCAUUAAAAAGGGUCUUAUAGAUUAAUUUUGUAAACAAAUGUCAUUUCAAUUCUUUAUUUUUGGCUCUAUUGAAUUUCUAAAUAUAAUUGCAACUAUCUGGACAUGUAGACACAUCUUACACUUAGAAGUUAUUAUAGCUUAACAAUAAAAUCAAUAUAGGUGAAUCUGAAUAAAUUUAUUAUUCACAGAGUGAUAAGUUUUAGACUUUUAUUUCAGUAAAUUUUGAUGAUUGUGGCUUAAAAAUUCAACAUGUCACAAAAUUGGAAUAUAACUUAAAGAAAAGCAUUUUGGAUACACCCAAAAUGCUGAAGAAACUUUGCUUCACAAGUCCUUUCAACACUGUGUUCUCUCUGUUGCUUGUGUCCCUUUUUCUGCUCCACUUUUUCCUUUCACUGAACUUUCCACUAAAACCCUUCAAUGAGAAUUUGAGUAGAACAGCCAACUUUUUUUAAAUUAUUGUUUUGUACUCUCCUUGUGAAGAUUGACGAUGAGUGCUGGACAACUGUCAAUGCAGUGGUCUUCCCCAUGGUUAUAUUUCCCAUAACAUGGACAAAAUAUAACAUAAUUUUUCUUAGAAACUCAUGUUUGAGUUUAUUUUUUAAGCCAUAAUCAUCCAAAGGAGCAGAAACAAACAUCUAAAACAUAAUUUUGAGAUUCACCUGUGAUUAUUAGAAUUUGUCCCAUAUUUCUUAAAAAUGGGAGCCUUUUGGAAACAAAACAAGUUUUACCAAUUAGAGUAAUCAAGUGUAACUGCACCUGCUGUAUAAUAAUUUAGAUAAUCCACAUAACACAUGAAAUUCACAGCAGUUCUUUGACAACACUAGUAACGGGCCUACAUAUGUAGACUUUAAAACACUUAACAUAGAGACACGUGCAGUGUGCCAUGGUGAUCUCAUCCACUACAGCCAAUUUCAACCCCGUUCUUGCCUCAAAAAUAUCAUUUUUUUCUACUUUUUUAUUUACAUCAAAACACUAUGUUGAAAAUGUACCUGUAGCUCUCCUACUUAUCUUUUACAAUUGUCCUCAAGUUUAACAAGUACUGAAAACUGAAGCCACUUUGACUUCUGGAGGGAAAAAAAACAAGGACAGCAGAAGCAUGCACAUGACAUUUGUAUAUACUGUAUUAAAAUAGACCCCAGGAGGGUUGGCUGUAUGUUGGCACAGCUCUCCCAGCCAUAAAACUAAAGUCUGCCAUCUUUGCAUGUACCUGGUGAAUUAAAGGUGUAUUAGCCAUCCCUACAUGCCCAUUUUCCUUUUCACUCCAAGCAGCAGUCCAAGGGUUGCAGUGCUCUGUGUCCAUCAGGGCUGUGCUAACAUGCGUGCACCACCAACUUGGCUACAACGGGGAAAAACUCUUGAGCCCCACUGAAUUAUUAUUAUUUUUUUUUUUCUCGUUUGCCAUUUUUUUUUUUUUUGUAGUGCUUUCUAAUUUAUGUUUAAUUAUUAUGAUAUUUUUAAUGAAGUAUUGAAGGAUGUAUGUAUUCAAAGAAUAGAGUGGAAUGUGCGAUAUUUUGCCUAACUUAGUUGUAUAUUUCAGACAAGAACCUGGACGUUCCUCUUACUGUACUGUAGGUUUAAUGGCGACAUUAGAACUGACCGAACUUGAGCCCACCUGUGGUUUCUGUGAUUUUUCUCAGACAUGAGGGAAGUUUCUGAUGAAGAGGCAUUAGUUGAAGAUGUUUAGUUGCUAACUCUCACCCAACAUUAGAUGAUGCAUUGAGUGUGUUCUUAGUCCUAAAUAAUUUAUGACUUCUACAUGUAGCAAGUCUUUAAGAAGGAUUUGUUGGUUGGAAAAACACAUUUUCAAUAAGCUAAUAAAAUGGAAAAACUAAAGUUGUUUGUGUUUUAUAUUUAACUAUGCUUUGUGAAGGAAAUUUGAAGUACAAAUGCUGACGUAAAGUUUAGAGUGGGGACAAGUUUUCGUAAACAUUUCUGAUUUCAUUUUCUCCUUGGAUAUUUUGUUUCAAAUUUGUAAAUGUCUUGCCAUCCAGGUGCCACCUUGAGAAUGCAAAGCAACUGUUAAUUUAGACUUGGUUCGCAGACUUCAUUUUGGAGAAUUUUAUUUAAAUAUUGUAGUUGAGACAAACUAAAUGAGUGAAAUCGACUGUGUUCAACCAUAGCAGCUGGUCUGGGACCAGGAGAGAAGGAGCCAGUUUGUUGUCAUCCGAACAAUUGCACCGCAGCGUUAGACUGCAGCCCCAAUGUAACUUUUUUUUUUUGUGCAGGAUUGAGAUGCUGCCUGUUUUUAAGUUUAAUCUCAACGGUAUUAUAAAGGUUCUGUCCAAACUUGUACUCUGCUGUUUCUAUGUAUUCUUUUAACCAUACCUAAUAAUUGGUAUUCACAAUAAAACCAGGCCAAGUGUACAGAGUAA